UUAAUUUAUUUUUUAUUUUACCUUUUUCAGGAACCCAUUGAACUGAAAAAACGUUUGGAAGAAGUGCGUCUCUUAGAAUCGAGACGUUCAGCCCGUUUAGCCGAUCAGGAUACAGAUUUUGCACGUUUAGCCGACAUGGGUGGAGACAGACGCAAGCCAUCACACAGUAUUGAGGUGCCAUUAUCAGUCACACAGCAGCACAAUUCACGCAAACGUCCACCUUCGUGUGCAACGACGGAAUGCAAUGGUGGCGAUCAAUACGAUGAAGAGGAAAUGAAUGAAAAUAAUGCGGCCAUGAUUUUGGUUACACUGUCACUUUCUCCAAAGUCACCCAAAAAUGGAGGUAAGUAUUGGUCAUUAAAAGCAGCAGUAGCAGCAGCAGGGGGAAAAACCUCAUACUAUAAAUGGCUUGGUUCCAGUCCCGGUAGUUCAUCGGCCUCAUGGAGUUCGGGAUCUUCAUCGCCGCCCCUAAGUGACGAUGGUCACAAUAUGGGCGUAAUCACAAAUGAUGCCUCGGCCAGUGCCCGAAUACGCACCACAUCUGUCUCAACGUCCGAUGAGGGUAUCGUUGUGGAUUUCAAAGAAGAUGUACCGCGUAAAAAGAGGGCCAAUAAGACAAGAUUUGUUUGUACCUGGAAGGGCUGCACUAUCAGUGAGCAUACAAAGGCAAAAAUUGAACGUCACAUACGUAUUGUCCAUCUUGGCAGCAAAAAGGCUCGACGUGCAGCUGAUCAUGUAGAUAGUGAUAGUCACGACAGUGAUAGUCACGAAGAGGAGUUCUACUACACAGAAGUCGAAGAUGAUGACGAUGACUGCAAAACUCCUAGUCCAACAUCACCCCCAACUCUUAGCCACCGUGACAUGGCUCGUCCACCACAUGAAGAUCCCGAAUACCAAAGACAAUUAGUUGGGAAUUUCAAGCAAGGACGUGUUGCUGCCCAACAGCAACACCUAAACGGCAGGCAAAUACAUCACGCAAAUGGCCAGACAGUUUAUAUUAGCAGUAGCCAACAACAACAAUUACAGAAUAACAAUACCAGUUGUAUACCAACGUCACCGUUGGCCCAUCACAACUAUACGUGGCCACCGGCUACGGCCACAACAGUGAUGACAACAUCGCCCAUUACGAACACCUCAAAUAAUGCUGCCGCAAAUAAUUAUCACAAUCAUCAGCAACACCACCAACCGCAACCGCAGCAACCACAACAAUCAACGACGUCACCACAGCUCAUCAAACAUGCCCGGGCCUCACCACGUCCGUCCCAAACAGCAGCGCCAUAUCCAUCGCCAACAUACGUCCAUCAGCAUCACAACUACAGUAGUCCGGCGCCAGCGAGCCCGAAUAAUGUGACAAAUACUACGCCUAUAGUUCACCACAAUAACAGUGCCAACAGUGUGCUACACCAGUUGUCACAACAGAACGUCACCGUGACGACACAUCACAGCAACAGUCACCAUCACCAUCAAAACAAUCAUCAUCAUCAGCAGCAACAACAACAAAUGGCAACGGUUACAAUUACUCCAAAUUAUACACAGGUGCGAAGCGCAAGGGGCACUAAUGGCGGUCAGGAAACCCACCAAACACAUCAGCUGCAACAGCAGCAACAUCAUCCUCAACAACACACCCUUGCCCAUUCAUCACCACAACACCACCAACAACAGCAGCAGCAACCACAACAUCAUUUGCAACAUUCGCCAACAGCCACUGCCAGCAACAGAAUGGUUGCAUCGAAUAACCCCAAUUGCUCACCGUCGUCCACUGCCACCACGGCGACGGGGCAUGUACACCACCAACAACAUGUUGCUGUGCAACAUGCAAAUCGACAGACGCCCAACUCACCGAAUCGCCGUACCAGGGGCGAAAAUAAGAAAUGUCGCAAAGUCUAUGGCAUGGAGCGCCGCGAUAUGUGGUGCACCCAAUGCAGGUGGAAGAAGGCCUGCAGCCGCUUUGCAGUAGCAGCACCACCACUCACAGCUUCAUUAUCGCCAACAGCACCACCGUUUCCUUCAAUACCGCCAGCAUCAACGGCAUCAUCAUCACCGUCAACCCCAGCUGCCAUACCCUCUUUAGGAACUUCGUCAUCAGUGGUAAACGCCACAAAUUCCCAGGCAACAAUAACAAAAAUGAAUUCCUCAAUAAAAACCCCAACAAAACGUCCGGCUCAAGCCUCCCCCUCCCUGAAACCAUUACCAAGCAAACAAUCAAAGAAAACCAAUGCGGCAUUAGUUCUCCACAAUAACAUCAGCGGUAGCGGUGGCAGUAGCAGCACCAACAGACCGAACGUCACAACAACCGAUGGCAACCUGUGCGGCGCAGUUGCAACAUCUGUCAUUGUCAAGCCUAAGACGAGCGGAAAUAAUAUUUUUAAAUCGAACACGAUUGGUGAUAAUCAUCAAUUGCAACAACAUGUCUUAUCGGCAAAUGCAACGCUGACUGUUAUAAGUCAGCCCCAAUUUGGUGCGAUGCCACAGCAACAGCAACAACCACAGUUGUCAAAUCAGCACUUUUUGAAAUCUACAGCUCAUAUAAUGCCUGAUUGCAACGACACAAUUGGGACAUCAACACCACAACAGCAAAUUGUUUUAUUGCAGUGUUAA